UUUUUUCUGAUCGGUUGCUUGCAUUUCGUGGUUAAGUGGUUAUUAUUGUUGGAUUGUAUGUAGAAUCGGUUGAUCUGUUCGUCUGGUUUAGCUGGAAUGUGUUAAGAACUUGUAAUAUGUAAAUCAGGUGCUGAUAUUAGUGAGGUGUUCAGCGGAAGUCAUUUUUAUGCGAUUGUGGUUGUAUUUUGGAUAAAUUUGAUGUAAUUGCGAUUGUAAUGUAGAUUAAUUUGAGUUCAUUUGAUGUGAUUGUGGUCGUCAUUUGGCUGAAUUCUACGAUGAUAUAUGGAUCUGCUGAUAAUAACUUCGAUCUGCUAGGGAACUGGGUGUAAUGUGUUUUAUGCCAUUUUCGGAUUCAUGCUUUGACGGAAAAUUCCUUGACCUUAUUGCUUGAGUUACACUGAAAUGACUCAAUUAGAUGUGUGCCCGCCCAAAUUAUAUUGUAGCAAGUGAAGCCCUCUUUUUCUGAUGUGAAGAUCUGGGAUAUGUUGCUCUUUCAGGGUUGAUGAAAAUGAAUGUACAGUUAUAUUUUUGUCAGGAUGGAUACUCUAGCAGAGAAAUUUAGAUUCCAAAUUACGAUUCAUUGCCUUCCUAAUUCAGACACUGCUGCCCAUUCUGGAGUUUUUGUAUUGCCUCCAUACCUUUCAGCAUUGGUUAAUAAUUCAUUUAGACAACUGUUGUACCAACUAUAAACCAGCCAGCAGUAAAUUGAUGAUAGUUAGGGAGAUUUGUUCUUAACUUGCAUUCCCAAAACAGGGAAGGUAGCAGCUGAAUGAAUUGUGUGUAAGGUUUCCUAGGGCCUAAAGACAAAAUGUAACUAGUUAGAAGCUAGUGGUCAUGAUAUGAAAAGAAUGUAGUCCAAAUUAAGUUACUUGAUAAGGCAGUGUUAUCAAAGGUUGUAUUAUUCAUUGGAUGGGCACAACAUAGAUGUUACCAUGUGAGUUAAUAAGGCAGAACCAUCAAGGCAUUAUUAAUGGGACGGGAAUUGGGAAAGAUGUUACCAAGCAGAUUAUCUUUCAAAACCUUGAAAAGGUUUUUAGACAGGUCAGAUUCAAAAUGUAACUUACACCUCAAGUAAUGCUGUAUUCUCUAGUAUUUCUGCACCCUCUCUUAAUUCUUCUGAAAGCAAGUUCUAACAAUUUCCUUGUAUCUUAUGCUGUGAUGAACCAUUGAGGAUCAUCAUCAAUUAUAAUUUUUGCUUUUAGUUGAUAGCCAAUGGUUGCGCAAAUGUAAAAUUUGUUUCUCAAUAGCAUUAUGACUUAGUUAUGACUCUAUUCUUCAUCCCAGGGCUUAACAAAUCAUGUAAACUAGUUGUAGUGAGAAAAAAAUACAUGUAUAGGAUACUUCAAAAACUUGAGCAGGAACAGAGCAUUGGGUGAUGGACAAAAAUGUAUAUGCAAAAAUACACAAACUUUUCAACUACAUUUCAAUGCUGUGGCAUUUUUCAUAUAAACUAGUGCUUCAUCAGAAUCCUCUGUACUUCUAUAGAGUGACCCAUGACAGAAUUUACCACUUAAGAUUUAAAAAGCUGGCAAUAGCUCAUUGAAAGGCUGUUUGGCUUUUUUCAGUUAGUUUCAUAAUGCAUAUACUCCUUUUCAUAUUUCUACUUGUUAGUUGUCAGUUGAAUAUGGCGAGUAUAUAAACACUACAGCUUCCUAUCAUAAAAGUAUUGGGAGUAAAGUACUCCACAAACUUUGAGUUGGUAAACAAUUUCUUAAAUGACCAUUCAUGUAUAGGAAUCUGCAAUCAACUGCUAAUAUUUCAAUGCAAAAGACCAAGUAGUCACUGUUAUAUAAGCCAUUGAUGACAAAUAUUCAUUCAACUACAUAUAUCUUGGUUGUAAUGAAUUAGUACUUGUGACCCAACAUAAAUAUGACCUAGACAAGGGAACUCCAAUGCCGAUGUCACAUGUUAUUUGGAUGGUCAGCUCUUGGGUACUACUAUUCAGCAAUCUGGAGAUCACAUGUUUCUCGAAAAACAAUUUACUAAUAUGGCUUACUUUUUUAAUGUCCCAGAUAAAAACCGUCAAGGUCGGCAAUCUGUCUCUCGGAGCAUCAGAGCGUGAUGUUCACGAGUUCUUUUCUUUUUCUGGCGAUAUUGAAUAUGUCGAGAUGCGAAGUGAUACUGUGCGAUCCCAAAUUGCAUUUGUCACCUUCAAGGAUGUGCAGGGAGCAGAGACUGCAAUCCUUCUCUCGGGUGCAACAAUUAUAGAUAUGACUGUGGAAAUUAAUCCAGAGCCUGAUUAUAAGCUUCCUCCUGCUGCUUGUGUACCACCUCUGCAGCAAUCAGACAAAAAAACUGGAGGGGGUUCUGAAUCCGCAUUGCAAAAGGCAGAGGACGUUGUGAGCAGCAUGCUUGCAAAGGGUUUCAUCUUAGGUAAAGAUGCUGUUAACCAAGCCAAGUCUUUUGAUGAGAAACACCAAUUGACCUCCACAGCAAGUGCCAAAGUUUCGUCAAUCGACAAAAAGAUUGGGCUGACUGAGAAGAUAACGAUUGGAACUUCCAUUGUGAAUGAUAAAGUGCGGGAAGUGGAUGAAAAACUGCACGUUUCCGAGAAAGCAAAAUCAGCAUUAGCUGCAGCUGAGCAAACAGUUAGUAAUGCUGGAUCUGCUAUUAUGAAGAACAGAUAUGUACUUACCGGCACUACAUGGGUAACCGGCGCUUUUAGCAAAGUGACCAAGGCUGCUGGGGAAGUUGGCCAAAAGACGAAGGAGAAAGUUGGGAUUGUUGAAGACGAGCAGAGAAGGAAAAUGGUGGAUGACUUCGCUCAGGUUCAUUUAUCAGAGUCUCCUAAAGCAUCUGAUUCAGCAGAGCUGCAUCCUUCCAAGCCUGCUCCUGUACAAGGUUUGAUUCUCUGAUUAGCCUUUUAAACACUUUCACGAUCCUUGUGUUGUGCCGUCUGGUCCUGAUUCUGAGAAUAGGUUGAAAUGGUGAUCUUAUUCUUGAAGGAUUUUGCUUCAUUUUAUAUGUCCAAAGAACUUUGAUCAGUGUCUUGUUUGUUGCCUCAUAUAUAUACACAUCAACUCAAAACUGAAAAUAUCAAUAGUUGAUGCAAUGGACUAGUUGUUGAUUCUUGAA